CACAGUGUUCCAUCUGAUCGCGAGAACAGUGAAUCGCGGAUGAUGUUUGUCGUGAAGUGCGGAAUGAGAGGACAUCUAGGUCCCACGACCUGUUCAAAAAGUGUUAGGAAAAUGAGUGUUUGUUCAAAGCGCGCGUAACAAAAAAGCGAGUCGUGCUGAACCUGUCCUAAGUACCCAGGCGCACGGAAAACAACCAUGGCUUCGGUGAAGGUGGCCGUGAGGGUUCGUCCCUUUAACAAAAGGGAGUUGGCAAUGAAUGCCAAGAUGAUUGUUCAAAUGGAUGGAAAAAGGACUAGAAUUCUAAACACAAAGACUCCAGGGAGCUGCAGAGAUAUCGACCGGGAGAAAUAUAAGGACUUUACUUUUGAUCACAGUUAUUGGUCCUUCGAUGACAGCGACGCAAACUAUGCUUCCCAGGAAGAGGUCUAUUACGAUCUUGGUACGGAAGUCAUAGAAAGUGCCUUCGAGGGUUACAAUGCCUGCGUUUUUGCCUAUGGACAGACGGGAUCCGGAAAAACAUUCACGAUGAUGGGUACACCGGAAUCCCAAGGACUGAUACCCCGAAUUUGUAAGACACUUUUCGCACGAAUGGCUGCUGGUAAAGAAACGGGUGCUUCUUAUAGGACCGAAGUUUCAUUUUUGGAGAUACACAACGAGAGAGUGAAAGACUUACUCAGACCUGAUCAGUUGCAGUCGCAUUCUCUCAGAGUUAGAGAACAUCCAAAGAAAGGUCCUUACGUGCAAGAUUUGUCGAGUCAUCUUGUAUACGACUAUAGUGACAUUCAGGAGUGUAUGGUAAGGGGUAAUACGCACAGAACAACUGCAAGCACAAACAUGAACGACGUGAGCAGUAGAAGUCAUGCAAUAUUUACCAUAACUUUCGUGCAAGCCGGUUUCUCCGAGGGAAACAUGCCAUCGGAAACGGUUUCCAAGGUGCAUCUGGUCGACUUGGCUGGCAGUGAACGAGCCAACGCAACAGGCGCAACAGGCCAACGACUGAAGGAAGGUGCGCACAUUAAUAAAUCCCUAGUGACCUUAGGAUCUGUAAUAUCAGCUUUGGCCGAGGUUAGCUCGACAGAUUCAAAUAGUGCGAAGAGUAAAGUCUUUAUACCGUACAGAGACAGUGUCCUGACCUGGUUGCUAAAAGAUUCCUUGGGAGGGAAUUCAAAAACAAUAAUGAUAGCGGCAAUCAGUCCAGCUGAUUGUAACUAUGGUGAGACUCUCAGCACUCUCAGGUACGCCAACAGAGCCAAGAACAUCAUCAAUAAGCCAACCAUCAACGAAGAUCCAAAUGUCAAGCUCAUUAGAGAACUCAGGGAGGAAAUUGAGAAACUUAAGUCGCUCAUUGGUCAAGACAUGAGUAUAGAAAGGCCUCCGCAAGUUUUGCUCGCACAGAUUCACGAGAAGCAGGAACGUGAAAAACUUCUCACAGAAGAAUGGGCUGAGAAAUGGCGGGAGACCCAACAAAUUCUUCAGGAACAGAGAGCACUUGGUCUGAGGAAAAGUGGAGUGGGUGUUGUACUCGAUUCUGAGAUGCCACAUCUUGUCGGGAUAGAUGAUGACUUAUUGAGUACUGGUGUUACGCUCUAUCAUCUGAAAGAGGGCAAAACGCUGGUUGGGACGGAGGAAGCAUCAACGACUCAGGAUAUUGUACUGACUGGUGCAGACGUUGAACCUGAACACUGCACUUUGGAAUUGGAAAGCGGAGUCGCAACUUUACAUCCUUUAUGUCCUUACUGUUGGAUAAAUACAGCUCAAGUCGACAAGCCUACUAGACUCUCUCAGGGUUGCAUUAUCCUUCUCGGAAGAAAUAACAUGUUCCGAUAUAAUGAUCCUGCAGAGGCAGCUAAACUUCGAAAAGAAGGUGGCCUAGGAAAUGGAAAUCUGCAGUCGACGGUGGUGAACCUCUCGAGGAUGUCUCUCCUUAGCUGGAGUGUUUCUGAUCUUCAUGUGUCAUCAUCCAGCGAUAAUCUGCUCAACUCGAGCGAGGACCUCAGGGCCUUUGAAGAACUUGAGCAACAGAAGGCUGCACUGAUUAAGGAGAAGGAAGACUUUAAGAGGGAACAGGAGGAACGGGAAGAGAGGUGGGCACUAAGGAGGGAAGCUUUGGAAGAAGCUCAGCGAGAACUCGAAAGAGAAUGGGGAGCCCAAUGGCGAGAAUGGGCCGAGGGUAUUGCAGCUCUGGAAAGGCGGCAACGGGAACUUAGAAAUCGUCGUCACCACGUCGAACAAGAGCGUCGCGACGAGAUGACUCAAGUAGAAAGUUUGUGUAGGGAAGUCGCCUCUCUUCGCACUACACUUCAGUCCAAACAUCGACAGUUUCAAGAAUUCAUGAACAAUCACGAUCGUCCGGAGAAGGCGCAACUUCCAUUGAAUGAGACUGAAGAGGAAACAGGAAGUGAUCGAAGCCUUCCGGAAUCCUGGUCUAGUCUCAACGAUGAAAAGUCUGUCGAAGUGAUGAAGAAGUUGGCCAAACAUCAUUCCUGUGAUGCUCUCUUCCAGAAGGAACUUUCUUCUCUGGAAGCUGAGCUUCAGAACAAAGUUAGGACGUUGAAUAAUCAUCAGAGCAAGUUGGAUAAGAUGGAAGAGGAACUAGUCGAAAUUACUGAUAAGGAGAGGCAACUCGUCGAUCUUGAUAUGGAAGGUGAAGAACUCUCAGAAAAGAAAAUCCUCCUAGCCAAAAGGUCCCAGGAUCAGCUUCAAGAAAUCCUCCGUCGAAAACAAAGUCUUUCACUGAAUUUAAAAAGAUCCCUUCCGGCUUCUUCGGAAGACAGAUCUUCAUGCAGUGAAGAGAUGGUCUCAACGAGUGACAUCACGUCUUUUCAGGACGCUUGCAAUCGGAAACUGAAAUUAGCAACAGCCCUAAGUUUGAUCAAUCAGGACGUGCCAAAUUCGAUAGACACGUCUGAUACUUUCCACACAGCAGCAGCAGAUUCUCCACCAUUUCCAGGGUUGGAACAGCAAAAUGGCCCCGGAUCGAAAAUUCCUGCUGAAACUCUUGAUGACGAGAGUAGCGAUACUGAUGACUUCCAAACAUCAACCAAUGAAAUUCAACUUUUUGGUGAAGAGAUCGAGGACACUACUUCGAAUUCAACAGCGACGACAGCAGCGAUAGGUCAAAUUGAGAAAAUUUCUUUGCACAGUGAUGGUCAAAAUGAUUCGGAAAAAUGUUGCGUCGAGUGUGAUCUUGCUGAUGAUACAUUUUUGGAUGCUGAUGAUUCGCUUCUUGAUGAAAAUGAAGAUAUGAAGACAAUAAACCAAAGAAUAGUGCGUCAGCGGUCACUGGUUAUGAAAUGUAUGGAGUCCGGUUCACCUUCUAAUGAGGAAUUGAAUCGCCAGAUUGAUAUUCUUCAGGAUCUUCGAAGGCAGCAAAUUGAGUUGGAGGUUGCGUUACUGGAACAGAGGAGAAGACUUCGAGGCUCAAAGGAUAAGAAUUUGGAAGAGGAUUAUAUAGAGGAAUUGAAGGCUGGUAGCGAAUUUUGUAACUUUGAUGGUAAGAGUAUCAAUUCUCACGCGAAUAUGUCGAAUGCCUCGACGACCAUGGAUUCGAAUAUGUUUAAAGGAAGAUGCUCUAUCACUGAUGAAGAUGAUGCUUCGAGGUUGAUGGCAGCAAAUGUUCCUCCAUGUCGUGGUUAUUCUUCUGUUUAUCUGACGAGCCUAAAUAGAGGAGAUCGCUUGAGUCCUUAUGCCUUAACGAUAACGAGGUCCUUACCUUCGUUGAUAACAAAUGAGAGAGAUGGUGAAAAUGUUAUCAACAGGAUUAUCAGUGUUCCCUCGUAUGUUGUUCGUGGGGCAGGAACCUCGAGCCACUAUGAAUAUGAGGUCCGGGUCAUUGCUCAAGAUGAUAGCUGGACACUCCUCAGACGCUACAGAAGGUUCAGGGAACUUUAUACAACAAUGCGACAGAAAUACGGAAGCAAGGUAGCAGCCAUUCGUUUUCCUCCACGACAAAUGUUUGCGAGGUACGAAGUUAUCGCUCGCCAACGGCGAAAGCGACUAGAAGAAUAUCUUCGACGUCUGAUUCAAGUUUGCUCGGAAUUGCCAGAUUGCGAACCUCUGUACAAAUUCAAUGGCAACUUGAGCAAUAUCGACAAGCAAUCUUUACUCGAAUUUAGUUCCUUCUUUAGAAAAGGAACUUUCGAAAGCAGUAAAUUUGGCACGAGCUAAAAUUUACAUAUUCGACUCAUCGAGUCAUCUUGUUUGUAAAUUCAACCUGAGGACACAGAUACGCUUUAAGUUCAUCGUCAGAAUAACUUAUUUGCGGAAUUAAUAUUAUUUAUUUCCGUAAACUGCUCUAGGUAUUUAACUGUCGCAAACUACAUAUCUUUUUAAAAAGCGGACGCUAAAGACACAUUUUAAUUUUUUAUGUAUAUAUUAUAUAUUGUGAUUAGAAGUUUCUCAUACUUCUUUUUCUCAAAAUGGAUUUUAGCUAUUUUUUAAAUGAAACUGCAAUAUUUUUAACUAUUCAGAACAUUUAAGACGGAACAGAAAUAAGAAGAGAAUUGAAGGGAAUGGAAGGAUGAGAAAUUGUGAUAAAGAAUGAAUCUCUAAGUAUAAGAAAUUUUAUCUCAAGGUGGAACAAUAGUAUUGGAAGCUAUUUUUUUUUUUUUUUAAUCGAAGAUAGAAAAUGUUAAACCAUAUUUUUUGAAAUUAGUUCUGUCUAAAAAAAAUCGCUUCCAAUAUUUCUUGAAUUAAUAUUGUGGAAUCUAAAACUUAUUCAAAAGGAAGCAUAAUACUAUUUUAUAAAACUCAUCUUUUCAUCAAUCAUCAGUAUUUCUUAAGCUGGCAUAUGAAGGACAUUGUUUGUCCAUGGACUUAGAAACUCUUAAUUUUAGGAAUUGCUCUAUAGUUUACUCAAUUUUAAUCAUUCAUACCGAAGACCUGAAUUUGUUUUUCCGUCGUAAAGAAUUUGUUUACCCAUGACUGAGAAACGACUGGAUUAGAAAAUGAUAUAAGCUAGCGAAAUAUAUUUAAAAUCUGUUUAUAUUGUUAUUUGAAGUUCAGAAAACAACUCAAAAAGUCAGAGAAUACGUUUAUUAUUCCACCUAUGCGUUACAAGUUAUUUUAUUUUAAAAUAUUAUCUGACUUCCGAGGCUGUUUUCUGAAAUUAGGAUGUUGAAAGCUAAUGUGCGCUAAAAAUAUUGUUGCAAUUUUAUUUGCGUUUCACAUAUUGUAAAUAUAUAUAUAUUGGUAUGUUAGCAAAGAGUUUUCGAUGUCCAAACUGAAUCUGAGAAAUCUCAAAAAGCGAAAUAUUGUAUUGUGAUAAAACUAACAGUUUCUGAAAUACAAUGCGAUUUUAAAACCUU